AGCACUAGAUCCAUCUGAAUCUGCAAACUUUCCUCAUUUUAUUCCUGUCCAUUUGCCUCACUCUGGAUGGCUGCUUAGUCUGCUCUUCAAUAGUGUAUGAAAGCAGCCAUUUGUAACAGAAUGCUUAAGAAUCUAGUUUGGGCAUUGGUGGUGUCGGUUUAUUUCAGUGUAUGGUUCACUGAAGGACUACAUAGUGUCAAUGUUUCUACAAGACCGGAUGUCGUGAAUAUUUCAUCCAUAUUGACAUUUAAUUCCAUCAUUGGAAAAGUCGCAAAAAUCGCUAUGCAGGCUGCCAUUAAAGAUGUGAAUGCUGAUCCAACCAUUCUUAAAGGAACCAAGCUGCAAAUAACUUUUCAUGAUUCCAAUUUCAGUGGAUUCUUGAGUAUGAUGGAAGCUUUACAAAUCAUGGAGACAGAUAGUGUGGCCUUAAUCGGCCCACAAGGUUCUGUCUUAGCUCAUGUGAUUUCCCAUGUGGCAAAUGAGCUCCACGUUCCUCUAUUGUCAUUCACAGCUACUGAUCCUACAUUAUCUGCACUUCAAUAUCCGUAUUUUGUCCGAACAACUCAUAGUGAUCUGUACCAAAUGGCUGCGAUAGCAGACAUAGUAAGAUACUAUGAAUGGAGACAAGUUACAGCAAUUUACUAUGACGAUGAUCAUGGGAGAAAUGGAAUAAUUUCAUUAGGAGAUCAAUUAGCAGCCAGAGGAUGUAAGAUUUCAUAUAAAGCACCUAUCAAGCCGAUGGCAACAAAAACAGAUAUUAGUGAUGUAUUGGUUCAAGUUGCUUUAAUGGAGUCAAGAGUUCUUGUUGUCCAUACUUAUGCCAAUUGGGGAUUAGAUAUUCUUGAGGUGGCUAAAAAACUUGGAAUGUUGGAUAGCGGAUAUGUUUGGAUUGCUACAAAUUGGCUCUCGGCAAACAUUGACAUUAGCUCUCCACUUCCUUCAAAGACAACGGAUGUUAUGCAAGGGUUUAUCACAUUGAGAUCAUACACAAAAGAUUCAGAGCUUACAAGAAAGUUUGCUGCCGAGUGGCGAAAGUUAACAACAUUUGGAUUAAGUAAGCACUGUUUAUAUGCGUACGACACUGUUUAUCUACUUGCUCGUGCCCUUGAUGCCUAUUUUGAUCAAGGUGGAAACAUUUCAUUCUCAAAAGAUAUCAGGUUACAAGGGUUAAAAGAAGGAGUUUUGAAUCUUGAUUCUUUAAGUAUCUUUGAUGGCGGGGAGUUAUUGCUUCAAAAUAUCAGAAAAAUUAAGAUGAAGGGAUUAACAGGCGUUAUUGAGUUUACUUCUGAUAAAAGUAUUGUAUUUCCUGCUUUUGAAGUACUAAAUGUGAUUGGUACUGGUGUUAGGAAAAUCGGCUAUUGGACAAAUUACUCAGGUUUGUCAACUAUUCGUCCAGAAAUGGUCUACAUGAAGCCACCUCAGCGAACAAACUAUUCUGAGCUAUUACAUCCGGCGAUUUGGCCAGGUCAAACCACUCAAAAACCACGUGGAUGGGUUUUUCCUGAAAAUGGAAAACUUUUGAAAAUCGGUGUUCCAAAUCGAGUUAGUUUUCAGGAGUUUGUGGGACAAUCAAAGGACACGGGAGCAUUCAAAGGAUACUGCAUUGAUGUGUUUAUGGCUGCUGUAAACUUACUUCCAUAUGCGGUGCCAUAUAAGUUUGUAGCCCAUGGAGAUGGUGUCAAAAACCCAAGCGGCACCCAGCUUGUGAGCUUGAUAAAUGCUGGGAAAUAUGAUGCUGUGGUGGGAGACAUUGCUAUCACUACUAAUCGGACACGAAUGGCAGAUUUUUCACAACCAUUUAUAGAAUCUGGGCUUGUUGUAGUGGCACCAGUUGGGAGGUCAGGUUCAAGUACUUGGGCUUUUCUUAGACCGUUCUCCCCGUUGAUGUGGUGUGUUUCAGGCAUAUUUUUUAUAGUUGUGGGGGCUGUUGUAUGGACUCUAGAACAUCGUGUAAAUGACGAAUUCCGUGGUCCUCCUAAAAAACAGAUUAUCACAGUGCUUUGGUUUAGCUUUUCAACUUUGUUUUCCUCCCACAGAGAAAACACGCUCAGCACUCUUGGCCGUAUGGUUUUACUUCUAUGGCUAUUCGUGGUUCUAAUAAUAAACUCGAGCUAUACUGCUAGUCUGACCUCGAUCUUGACCGUUCAGAAACUUUAUUCGCCUAUUAAGGGUAUAGAGAGUUUGACGGCAAGCAAAGAUCCCAUUGGAUACCAAGAGAAUUCGUUUGUCCGUAACUAUCUUAUAGCUGAAUAUGGUGUUCAUGAAGCCCGAUUAAUCCCUCUUUCUUUGCCUGAAGACUAUGAAAAGGCUUUGAAAAACGGACCCCACAAUGGAGGUGUAGCUGCAGUGAUCGAUGAACGUGCAUACAUUGAACUCUUCCUUUCAUCCCGUUGUGAUUUCAGCAUCGUUGGUCAAGAGUUCACCAAAAAUGGAUGGGGGUUUGCCUUCCCACGGGAUUCUCCUUUAGCAGCCGAUAUGUCAACAGCUAUUCUAAAACUAUCUGAAAACGGUGAGCUACAAAGGAUCCACGAUAAAUGGCUAAUGAGAAGCGCAUGCAGCUCACAGAAUACAAAGUAUGAAGUAGACCAGCUCGAGUUAAAGAGCUUUCAAGGCCUCUUUUUUGUAUGUGGAUUAGCUUGUCUGGUCGCCCUCCUCAUAUACAUUGCACUAACGGUACAUCAAUUUUGCAAGCACUACCCAUCCCUUUCUGAAUCAAGUGAUAGAAGCAUUCAGUCAGGACGACUUCAAACGUUCAUUUCUUUCGUUGAUGAGAAAGAAGAAGUAAUAAAAUCCCGUUCCAAGAGAAAAAGUAUACAGGGAAGUUCAAGCAGGAUGGAUAUCGAAGAUGUAUCGAUUGAUAGUAAUGGAUGCAGCGGCAAAAAUCUGUCAUUGAACACCUUCAAAUGAUUGCCAAAACUUGUAUUUCAGUUACUAUGUCAGGAAAGGCUAUACUAAUUAGUUGCUAUAAUGCUUUUUUCUGGGUCAAAUCUGUCAUAUUUAGUUAAGACCGUUAUUUGAUUCAACCAUAGCAAAUAGCAACUAGUAAGUCAAGUUAUUUAGGUCGUUAGACCCUAGAGAUAAUAUUUACUUUGUAUAUAUGGAAGACUAGCAUCAAGUUAAAUAUUUUGGUUAUAUUUGUUGGUUAUGACUUAUAUUUUGAUUAUAUUUUGGGUA